AUGGAUGAGAUCAAGUCGCCUUGGGUGAAGGAGGAUGAGAGAGAUGGUGAGGGGACGUGGUUCCUUGGUGAUGAGGCUGCUUUGAAGUCAGAGCAAGCGGUUGAGAGAGCUUCGUGGAAGACCAAAACACCAAAAAGCAAGGGCUUGACAAUAUUCAUCGCUGUCGCUUGUCUUGUUUCAAUUCUGCUCCUGGCCGCAGUCACUCUCAACCUUCAGGUCCGACCAUCAACACACAAAGAAGCGCAUCCAAAACCCCCUCAACCAAGCAAACAAGCUCCAACGCCAGAGACAAUCAAACACCAAGAACCCAUCCCCUCAGCACCUCAACUCCGCGAUACAAAAGAAUACAUCCUCUCAUCAUCAUGGCACCUCAACUCCUCUCCAACAACAAGAGAAUAUUUCUGGACCAUCAACGACGCCGUUCUCAACCCCGAUGGCGUCUACAGGCCAAUGAUUCUCAUCAACAAUCAAUAUCCCGGCCCUCUCGUUGAGUGCAACGAAGGCGACACUGUCAUCGUUCAUGUUGAAAAUAAGGCUGUCAAUGCGACUGCGAUUCAUUUCCACGGCAUGUUUCAGAACGGCACGAAUAAUAUGGAUGGAACUGUUGGCAUUACUCAAUGCGCCAUCGCGCCAAACUCAAACUAUACUUAUAAAUUUGAUGUCAAGGGUCAGCAUGGUACGUAUUGGUAUCAUGCGCAUCAUAGCGCUCAGGCAUCAGAUGGAUUACUUGGACCUAUGGUUGUUCACUCCAAGAAGGAAAAGGACCUGCAGAAAAUGGACUACGCGACUGAUAGAGUUGUUAUGGUUCAGGAUCAUUACCAUAACUUGACAUCGGAGCUUUUGAUGGAAUAUCUUGCGCCAGAUCAGGAGAACAAUGAGCCGGUACCGGAUAAUGGUCUUAUCAAUGGGCGAAAUGUUCGCGAUUGUGCGGACUUUAAGGGUUGGGCGUGCAAUACUACGGAUCUUGCUUUACCGAUGAUUGAUCUUGAAGCUGGGAAGCGUCACAGGCUUCGCAUCAUCAACGUCGGCGCCUUUGCAGAAUUCCAGAUCCAAUUCGACGAGCAUCCCUUCUACGUCACAGAAGUCGAUGGCACAGACGUCCAUCCUGAGCCAAUCCAUCGAGUAAACGUCCUUCCAGCACAGCGGUACAGCGUUGUGCUCGAGACAAAUGUCACAACAGCUUCGACAUUCUGGAUGAGGGCUAGGAUGGUGACGCACUGCUUCAAGAACAAGAAUGAACGUCUUCAGUCUGAAACGAGAGCCAUCAUCCGAUAUACCGGUAAGGGUAAGACAGCUUCUGAAGAGCCAAAGAGCAAGGAAUGGCCUGAUGCGAUCGAAGUCAUCUGUCGAGAUCUGAAUACCACUGCUCUUCGACCAGUUGAAGUUGUAUCGCCACCCCCAGCAGACCAAGUCAUCGUUCUUCGCGCAAAUUUUGAGAUAGGAGAUUGGCGCUUGGCGAGGGGGUUCUUCAAUGAGUCAACUUGGCAUGCUAACGCAACGCAUCCAUCUUUACAUCGGUUCCUCGACAGUGGAUUACAGAGCACGUCUGUGAAGAACCCCAUCGCCAUCAAUGAGAAUGUCUUUGAACGCCAAAAGGAAUUUGUGCUAGAAACAAGCGGUGUCCGAACAAUAGACAUCUCCAUCAACAACUUCGACGACGGAGCUCAUCCCUUCCAUCUCCACGGACAUAAAUUCUUCGUCCUUCUGCAAGGCCGAGAUGGCUAUCCGCCCAGCGCAGCGGAUCUCCCGAAAUACCUAGAGUCACACGGCCUUUUGGAAAACCCACUGAGGAGAGAUACACUUACUGUCGAGGGAUAUGCUUGGGCUGUUAUCCGUGUUGUGCUGGAUAAUCCGGAUGUUGGUGAGGCCGGAGGUUAUGAAGAAUUGGAAGGUUGGUGGGGAGGAGAGGGGGUUGUGUAG